CGGCCAGCUCGCUAUGCGCGUCGCCGUGCGGUCAGCUGCGCCCGCCGCGGCCGGAGCGACCCGGGCCCGCCGAGAGCUCCGCGCCGCCGCCGGCGCCCCGCUGCGUUGAGUGGGAGCUGCAUGGUGAGGCGAGCCGCGCGGGGGGCGGGGCGGCAGGUGGCUCCGCGCAGGUGCGGCCCGCGCACGGGCCCCGGUCGCAGUAGCAGCGCGCGGAGGCGCGGGCACGCCGCGGCGCGCGCCCGCCCGCCUGCUCGCGCUCAUGGAGCCGCCCUGGGAGAUCGAACUCGAGCUCCGGAGGCACAUCGAGAACUGCGCGUGCACCUGCGACCACAUGGGCUACGGGAACUACAUGGACUACCAGGUGGCGCCGGCUCACGCCUGCCUGUGCCGGGCUAUCACGUCUCCGCAUGCCCACGCGGCAGUACCGGAGGGCAUGACUUUUCCUGGUUCACUGCCAGAUGUUGCCGAGAGAUGUGGACGAUGGGCGCCGGAUUCGUUAUCAGCAUCCGCAUCAGGGAGCUCUGACGAAAAGCCCACGCCGCGGCGACCGCGCUGGCGCAUUGCCCUGGCAGCGCUGGUGGUGCUGGCCGCGCUCGGGGCCGCUCUGGCACUGCCACUCGCGCUCGGCGGCGGGGGACGCGCAACGCCCGAACAGAGGUUGACAACUAUUCGGCGCAUGUUACGUGAUUCGCCGCUCGUCGAUGGCCACAACGACUUAGCAUGGAAUGUUCGGAAAUUUCUACAUAAUAAAAUUGGAGAUUUUAAUUUAAGUGCCGGUUUGGAAGGUUUGGAGCCGUGGGCCCGCUCGCGCUGGUCUCACACGGAUAUCCCGCGGCUGAGGGACGGGCAGGUCGGCGCGCAGUUCUGGUCGGCGUACGUACCGUGCGGCGCCCGAGACAAGGACGCCGUGCAGUUGGCACUCGAACAGAUGGAUGUCAUAAAGAGAAUAGUGGAUAUGAACGCUGCACAUCUCGCUUUAGUCACUGAUGCUACAGAGUUGCUAGAUGCGCAUCGUGAAGGAAGAAUUGCUUCUUUGAUAGGAGUGGAAGGUGGCCAUGCCCUGGGCGAUUCUUUAGCGGUUCUCCGUGCUUUUUAUAAUCUCGGUGCUCGAUAUCUUACGGUGACUCAUACAUGUGAUACGCGAUGGGCGCGCGCCGCUGGCACCUCAGGUGGACUCACAGAGUUCGGACGCGCCGUGGUUCGUGAAAUGAAUCGUCUGGGUAUGAUCGUGGACCUUUCGCAUGCCGGCGAAGAGACAGCGCGCGACGCUCUGGAAAUGUCACAGGCACCUGUAGUAUUUUCUCAUUCGGGAGCCGCCGCAAUUUGUAAUUCUUCUAGAAAUGUACCAGACGAGCUGUUGCGUAUGAUCGCUGCGAACGGAGGCGUGGUGAUGAUUAAUUUCUACGCAAAACUCGUCACGUGCGGCGAGCGCGCGACCGUAGAGGACGUCGUAGCGCACAUCAACCACGUCCGGAGCGUAGCCGGCGUGGAGCACGUGGGGCUGGGCGCGGGGUACGACGGCAUCGACGCGCCGCCCGAGGGGCUCGAGGACGUGUCGCGCUACCCGCACCUGCUGGCCGAGCUGCUGCGCGACCCCGCGUGGAGCGAGGACGACGUGCGCAAGCUGGCCGGCAUGAACGUGGUGCGCGUGCUGCGGCACGUGGAGCGCGUGCGCGACCAGUGGCGGCGCGCCGCCGUGCUGCCGGGCGAGGAGACGCCGGGCGCGCGGCGCGGUGAGUGCGCGUACGGGCCCGCGUGACGCAGGCUGCGAGCCGCGCGCUUCCGCGGCCCCCCUCGUACUGCUCAAUAUUGACAUUUGUUGACCGUAGUUAUACAUGUAUAUUAGUGUCCAAAUGUGAUUUAGAGAUUAAAGUAAUCUUUACCUGACCUCGAUGCACAAAUUGUUUAGCUAAGGAGCCGCGCGUGCUGGGUAGUUCGUCGACGUCGGCCCGCGGCCCGGCCGCUGAACUCUUCUCCAUCCACGCACACGACUUCGUUGACGAAAGCCCAACGCGAUCCGCGAUUUAUAUGAUGUGAGUCAAGAUUUAAUAAAAAGGAUUAUAAAAAUUAAAAAGGAAUAAUGUGUUUAUAGAAAAAUAAAUAUUCUUUA